CAUGCAGAUCAAGUCUUUCUCCCUGGAUAGAAGCAUGACCACAAAACUACCAUCUCAAGAGGAGUUUGAGAACUGGACAGCUUUUCAAGUUGCAGCUCUCUUAAGACAGUUUGAAAUGCCUGAAUCUGCUGCGAUUGUAGAAAAACUGUGCAUGAAUGGAUCUCAUUUCUUGAAUGCAUCAGAUUAUGAGCUGAGCAGAUUCAAAACAAUGCACCAGCCGAAGCUUCAAAAGAUGGUGCAUGACAUCAAGAAAAAUGAAAGUGGGAUAAUAAACAAGUUCAAAAAGUUCCAAAAUGAACAAGUGGCCUUAAUUUGCAAAACUGGGAAAGAUACUUGGGAUCGGCUUAAAAAAAAGCCACCGCCAAGUCUACCACAAAGGGAUUAUGCUUCAGAACAUGCAGACAAUGAAGAGGAUCAAUGGUCAGAUGAUUUUGACAGUGAUUAUGAAAAUCCAGAUGACCACUCUGACUCGGAGAUGUAUGUGGUCCCCAGUGAAGAGAAUCCUGAUGACAGCUAUGAGCCACCUCCAAGUGAGAAGGAGAAAAAGAAGAUUCCCUCUGCAUUCCCUGUUUCUAGGGGUGAAUAUGCAGACAAUCGCAGUGGUAACCCACAGCUUCCUCCCAUCAACAAACCUCUCCCAAGUACACCCAGUCCAGCCAUGUCCAGACCAAAGAAACCAUGUGUGCCAUCCAUGCCAUUGCCAUCUCCUGCUGCAAAACCAAAAGUGCCACCAAAGCCUAAGGAGUGCAGUGAUGAUGAGGAUAACUACAUUGUGCCAGUGGACAAUGAUGAUGAUAACUAUAUUGAACCCACAGAAAGCAGCAUGUCGCUACCUACAAGAUCACCUGUGAACAGAUUUAUGAAGACAACAAAGCCACCCCCCCCCAUUUCUCCAAAGCCUUCUCUUACUUCUAAUAUGCAAGAAGUCUACGAGGUUCCUGAAGAAGAGGAAAAACCAUCACCACCACCACCAGUAACCAGGUUCACCAAGCCACUCAUGUUUAUGCCUGCUCAGAAUACAGAGCACUCCCACAUGCACAGUGUGACCAGAGAGUCACCUAAGCAGGAUACUUCCAGAAAUAUUUUGCCUCUCCCCAGAAGUCGUCUUCAUCCAAAAACAGACCAUGAAGCAAACAAUAAUGAUGAAAGUCAGAGGUUCAAUAACACACAAGAAUCCAGAUUUCCCACCGGAGCAACUCCAUCUCCAUUACCAAGGGGCCUCAAGAAAACUUCUAAUGCAGUAAUUUCACCAAAACCAUGUUUACCUUCCAGAGAGACCUUAACUGCAAGUGAAGAAAAACCUACGGCACCAGAACGACGGCGCAAUUCCAACCAGGGACUUCCACUUCCCCCCCUUCCAAGUGGUACCCAAAAGCCUCUGCUCCAAAAGUCCUCAAUACUGCCAAGGCCUUGUGUUCUGUGGAAUCAGACAAAAAGCCCUGUAGAUGAUCAAGUCACUUUUUCCACUUUAGAAGUGCCAGAAGCUGCAAACCGUUCUUUGGGUGCUUCCCCUCCUGGCAGAACUUCACCUAUUUCAAGUUCUGCUGACCAGGAUGCUGGUGUUCACAGUAAAGCAUGGUAUGCUGCUACCUGUGAUAGGAAAAUGGCAGAAGAUGCAUUGUACCGAUCAAACAAGGAUGGAUCUUUUCUAAUAAGGAAGAGUUCUGGACAGGACUCACGGCAACCAUAUACACUGGUUGUGUUUUACAACAGGAGAGUGUACAACGUUCCUAUACGAUUUAUUGAAUCAACAAGACAAUAUGCACUGGGCAGAGAAAAAAGUGGUGAAGAGCGCUUUGACAGUGUUGCUGAAAUAGUAGAGAAUCAUCAACGCACCUCCCUGGUUCUAAUUGACAGCCAAAACAACACAAAAGACUCAACAAAACUGAAACAUAUUGUAAGAGUUUCUUAAUUAAACUGAACUGCUAAAAUGAAGACCUAUUUAAUCAGAUCUUUCAACAUACCAAGACAUGGACAAGGUAUUAAAGAAGAAAAUCCAAAAUGAUGGGAAACACUGUUCAGGAACACCUACAAAGUAGUAAGAAAUGCAUUUCACAGAGUUCAACCCCACGUCACUUUUAUAACAUGCAACACAGGAAGCCAAAACAGAUACACUGUCAUCUGUGACAACACAGGUAUCCGAAGUCACGGGAAGAACAACUGCCAUACCACAGCCUGCUCCUCUGACUGAAGAUAGAUUUCUUAGAGGACAUUUUUGUUUCACAAAUAAGAAUACCCACAGUGAUCUACUCUUUUGAUUUAUGUUUACCACAUAUCACUGCUUUCAGCAAUUUCUUUGUAAAGUGCACAGCCCCAGAAAUUAGAGCAACUUGACUUAAUGUACCACUGUGCACAAGUUGAAAAUAGGACUGUAUUUUGAGAUUGUGGCAAUAAAUCCACCUGAAUGUUUUAGAUUUAGGGACAUGUGUUGUACUUUCCCUCAGCUUCACCCUGUUUCACUGAUGUUUUUGUUUGUAUUUUCAAAUGUACAAAUAAAAUUUAAACAUACUAUAA